AUGCAGGUGAUGAUGAACCAGUCCAUCAUCAACAACACGAUGUGUCAUGAAUUUAACAACCUGGCACGAAUCUUCUUCAUUGUUUCCUACAGUCUCGUGUUUCUGGUGGGUUUGCUCCUCAAUGGCUUCAUCCUGUGGUUUUACUUCUGCCAGUCUCAGAGGUCGUCUAGUACCAUCAUGGUCUACCUGAAGAACCUGGUAGCUGCAGAUUUUCUGCUCAGCCUCUGUCUCCCUUUCUCCAUUGUUAACUUAACCACCACCAGUAACUUGACCAUCCGCCUGGUCCACUGCAAGUUUGGCAUCGCUAUUUUCUACCUCAACAUGUACGCCAGCAUCCUGUUCAUGGCUCACAUUGCUUAUAACAGAUAUUUAAAGAUCAUCCAUCCUUUUAAAACCCACUUCCUGCAGACAGUGCGAGCCGCCCACAUCAUUUCUAUAGUAACGUGGGUUUUCCUCUUGACUGUCCUGAGCAUCUAUGUUUGUGCAUCCUUCAUAACACAGAAGAACUUGACAUCCAUUCCCUACAGCUGUGAAGAACUCCACAACAAAAAUGUAAUUGUGCUCCACAGAGUUAUUCAUUCCAGUAUAUUAGUCGCCUUCCUGUCCGUCCUCAUCUUCAUGUUGUACGUCUACUGCCACACCUCCCAUGAAGUGUCACUAGCACAGCAGAGUCAGCUGACAUCUUCCAGUCCGGAUAAACUGGCCAAGUCACGCAGGAACAUGAUGGUGCUGAUCAUUGUGUUCUGUAUUUGUUUCAUCCCCUUCCACCUGGUUCAUGUUCCCUAUAUUUUCCUUGAGUGUUCCCAGGGCACAGUGCUCUUUUUACUGGAGGAGCUGACCAGAGUAUUUUCAGUUCUAAACAUUUGCCUGGAUCCAUUCACCUACUUCAUCUUCAGCAAAGACUUAAGGGAGCAACUGAAAAAUGUCUUACAGCGAGACAAACCAACACCAAACAAUGAAAGUGGUUCUAGCUAAGGUCAGUUAAGUGUCGUCAGAAUGAACCAGGAUUGUGGAAUAAAUGCUUUGGCUAACACAGCAACUUUUGCUGAAUACAGUGUUUUAGAGCAGUGCUUCCUAAUCUUUUUUGAGCAAAGCCCCACUAACAACACCCUGUGCCUCCUGCCGGCCCUCUUGUCCCCAAAAAUGUUGGACUGGGGGGGGUUACGGUAUUCCCACCCGAAAAC